GAAGACGAUCGCGAAGUGUGCGCAUGCCCAGUAGGGGUCUGAGAGCCGCUGCUACCGGGAACGGACUGGAACGGAGGAGGAAGAGGAGGGGAGGACAUCGGGGGGCGGGCGAAAAAAGGGCCAGAGGUCGUGCCAGAGGGAGGCUUAAGUGAAGGGAAAGUCUACUUGGGGUUGGCAUGAGUUGACCUUUGACCCUCUGUCAUCCAGACCAUGGCCCCCCGGCGACCCCCGGAGCUCUACCGGGCUCCCUUCCCUCUCUAUGCCUUGCGCGUGCAUCGCGAGGCUGGUCUGGCUGUGAUCGGGGGUGGCGGCGGAGCUGCCAAGACCGGCAUCAAGAAUGGCCUGCAUUUCUUGCAAUUGGACUGGAGGGGAGGUGACCUGUCCGCUUCAUUGUUGCAUGCGCACGACACAGAGACGCGAGCCACCAUGACCAUGGCAUUGGCUGGAAACAUCAUUGCUGCAGGACAGGAUGCCACCUGCCACAUCUUGAACUUCCACUUGCAGAAACCCAGUCAGAAAGGGAGUAGUGGUGAUUGUUCCCUCGAUAAAGCUAGUGGUGAUGAGAAGGGUCCCCGGAGGCGCAAGGCCCCCCCAGCCAGUGGCCCUGAUAGCACCAAUGACACACGCAAGGAGACAAAUGAAGUGACUGUGGAAACCCUGCACCAGGUCCAGACAGAUACCAGCCCUGAUGCCCUGCAAAAGGCUGUGUGCUUUAGCGAUGACCACACCCUCCUGGCCACUGGUGGCGUGGAUGGAUUCCUACGGGUCUGGGAGUUUCCCAGCAUGAAGAAAGCUCUCGAGUUCCAGGCCCACAAUGGAGAAAUUGAGGACAUAGCUCUGAGUCCAGAUAAUAAGGUCGUGACGGUGGGCCGGGACUUCCAGUGUUGCGUGUGGCAGAGGGACCAGCUGGUGACAGGGCUGCACUGGAACGAGAACCUCCCAGGCAUCCCGGAUAAGGCCUACCGCUACCAGGCUUGCAGGUUUGGGACAGUGGAGGACCAAGCCAAGGCUCUGCGGCUGUACACAGUGCAGAUACCUUAUAAGCGGGAGCGACGGCCGCCUCCUUGCUACAUUACCAAGUGGGACGGGCACAGCUUCCUGCCCUUGCUCACCCGGCCUUGCGGCAAUGAGGUCGUCUCCUGCCUCUCCAUCAGUGACACUGGCACGUUCCUGGGUCUGGGCACUGUGACGGGCUCUGUUGCCAUCGUUGUUGCCUUCUCUUUGCAGAGGUUGUACUAUGUGCGAGAAGCACAUGGCAUUGUGGUCACUGCUGUGGCCUUCCUGCCUGAGACCCCCGAUCUGCUGAAGGACAACGAGGCGGCCCUGCUGAGCGUGGCCGUGGACAGCCGCUGCCGUCUGCACCGGAUCCCCUGCCGGCGGAGUUUCCCGGUGUGGCUGCUGCUGCUCUUGUGUGCUGGGCUGCUGGUGGGCACAGUCCUGCUGCUACAGCUAGCCUUCCCUGGCUUCCUCUAGCCCUCCUCAUGCCAGAUCGAGUGCUGGGAAAGCUUGGACUCUGUUCUAGUCUCCCUGGGGGGCUGCACUGACCCCAUUCCUGGGCUCACAGACUGGAGAGUGAUUCAGAAAGCCGGGCAAGCCUCACUCUGCUUGAAUGUGUGGCUCAGGUGUGCUUGGCUGAGCUGCUUGCCCUGAGGAAGGGGGACGGGGCCUUGCUCGGAUCAAGUCCUGGGCAUGAACUUUGGUCCUCUGUCUCAUCCCCCGGGGGAAGACGCACACAAACCCUCCAUUUUUUCUUGACGGUUCAGUUGAAACAUUCCAGCCUCUGAGUGGUAAGUCCCGUUCCAUCCAACAGACAAAAGUCGUGCAACUGCAAUUAAAUAGGAUGGAGCAAAAUCUCUUCUCCCCGCCUUCUUCUCUGGUUGCCUGUCACCUCUCCCUUUCCUUUGGGAGCUUGUGCAGGGCUGUGUUGGAAUGAGGGGGGAGCUGCCCCAGCAUGACUGUAGCGGGUGCUGUGGUGCUACUAACAGCAGCACAUCCUACUGGUGGAGCUGAGCCGCCCCCUCCUGCUCUACCGUUGCUGGUGUGGGCGGAAGGGUUGGGGCUGUGGCUGAGUGGUAAAUCAACCUGCUUUGCAUGCAGAAGUUUCCAAGUUCAAGGCCCAGCGGCAAGGAGCAGGUGCUGGGGCAACUCUCUACCUGAUAGCUCAAUAGGGCAGGCCAGGGGUCCCCAGCAUGUGGUGCCUGUGGGCACUGUGACUCCUGCUGGCACCUUUCCUGGGGCCUGCAAAAUAUUUUUAGAAAGUGGGCGGGGCUUCUGCCCAGCAAGGCUUCUGAUUGACUGGAGAUCUGAUUGGCUGUGCAUGUUUUUAAUUUAAUAAAUUUCAAUGUGUUUAAUAAAUUGCUUUUUAAAAACA